AUGCAUUUGUGGCAGGCCACUCUUCCAAUCUGCCUGCUGGUAUCAGUAGCCCUGCCGGUAGCCGCCACAUCGGCUUGGGGUUUCGCAGAUGCCACCGUGGCAGUUCAACCUAAAGGCGCCGGGAUCAAUGGGGGGUUCAAAGAGCAGUUUGACUCAAAGAAGCCACUCUCGAAGCCUAUUGCGUUCACCGAUGUCGACUCUUUGCGUGUCAUCUUGACAGCUAAGGAGGGGAGCUCUUCAAAGAGACCUCACCAGGCAUUCCUCUUGCUGAAAGAUGAAAAGAAUGGUCUGGACGUAUCAUAUCCAUUCACGGUGAAGGAAAACGGAAAGGCUCGCUUGGAGUUGACCCAGAAGGAAUUGCCUAUCCAAUUCCUAUCCCUCACCGACCCCAUCGAUGCUCGCGUGGUCAUUGGAUCAUUCGGUGAAUCCAAGGCUUAUGACUCUUCGGUCUUCAAACUAAAGAUUCAACGAGACGCCAACGUUCCCCUGCCAACUGCGGUGACUUCGCGCUAUGGCAAGCUUCCUGAAAUUCAUCACAUUUUCAAGGAUUCUCCGUCAAACCCCCCCAUUGUGAUCACACUUGCAUUCACAGCUGCUGUUGCCGCUACCCUCUCCGUCUUGGGAUUUAUGUGGCUGUUCCUCGGCGCGAACCUUGGCCAUCUCCCCACCGCGAUCAAGAAUGCGCCCCUACCUCACGCUAUUUUCCUUGGGUCUUUGUUCUCAUUCGAGGGCUUGUUCUUCCUCUACUACACCUCUUGGAAUCUGUUCCAGCUUCUACCUGCCGCCGCCGUGGUAGGCGUGGUGGCGUUUGUGAGCGGGAGCCGCGCACUGGGUGAGGUGCAGGGGCGUCGGCUCGCUGGUCUUCGUUGA